AUGUAUUCUCUUGUCUCUGGAGAGGAAGUUGCAGCCAAAUUUACAUCAAAAACAGAAGCUAGGAACUGUUAUCCAGGAUCACUAGAUAACAGAAAAGUUGCAGGAAAGAUUGUUAUUUGUGUCAAUGACGAUCAAAAUAUUACACGGAAUAUGAAGAAGCUAAUUGUACAAGAUGCAGGAGCCAUUGGAGUGAUACUCAUUGAGAAGGAAGACAUAGAUGUUCCCUUUGAUGCAGGUCUAUUUCCCUUCACAGAGGUUGGAAAUCUUAAAGGGUAUCAAAUCCUUAAGUACCUAAAAUCUACCAAGAAACCAACUGCAACUAUUCUUCCAACAACAGAAGUUCAUAGAUAUCGACCUGCACCAAUUGUUGCAUCUUUCUCAUCGAGAGGUCCUUCAAGCCUUACUGAAAACAUUCUCAAGCCGGAUGUCAUGGCUCCAGGAGUUUCGAUAUUGGCAGCUCUGAUUCCUAAAAAUGAAAAUGUUCCAAUUGGGAAAAAACCAUCCAUGUUUGGCUUAAAAUCUGGUACAUCAAUGGCUUGUCCUCAUGUAUCUGGUGCUGCAGCAUUUAUCAAAUCAGUACAUAGAAGUUGGAGUCCUUCAAUGAUCAAAUCAGCAUUAAUGACAUCAGCUACAACCUACAAUAACAUGGGGAAGUCAGUAACCAAUAGCUCAAACUACAUUUCCAACCCACAUGAAAUGGGAGUCGGAGAAAUUAAUCCACUCAAAGCUCUCAACCCUGGUUUAGUCUUCGAAACAGAUGUCGAAGACCACAUUCGAUUCCUUUGUUAUUAUGGCUAUUCUAACAAAGACAUAAGAAAAAUGUCUAAGACUAAUGUAACAUGCCCAAGAACCUCACAAAGUCUUAUAUCCAAUAUAAAUUACCCAUCAAUCUCUAUACAAACACUUAAAAGAAAUCAAAAAGUAAGAAUAAUCACAAGAACAGUGACGAAUGUAGGAACCUUAAAUGCUACAUAUGUUGCACAAGUGCAUGCCCCUCAAGGAUUGGUUGUUAAGGUCAUCCCCAACAAACUUGUAUUUUCAGAAAGUGUUCAAAAAAUUACCUAUAAAGUCUCAUUCUAUCCUAAGGAAGCUCAUGGUGGAUACAAUUUUGGGUCUCUAACAUGGCUUGAUGGUAGACAUUAUGUUCACACAGUAUUUGCAGUUCAAGUUGAAUAAAUUUGUGCAGGCACAACCCAUCCAAUAAGUUGAAUAAAAUGGCCAGAUUGAUUUUUAUGUUUGCAUUACUUUAUGUUGUUAUGGGAAUGAGUUAUUGUCAUUUAGUAGACUCCAAAAUUCAAUAAA